AUGUCAAAGGCCUCCCAACUCGAGUCUAAAAAGCCAGAUUCGGUUGGGACGUCUACCCAUCCUCCAUCUGUAUCACGGACCAGCCAGUCACAGUCUGGAUCCGAACGAGGGUGGAGCAGAAACAACGAAUUAGGAGCCGCAUCUCGAGGAGCCGCCAAAGGAAGACAAGGAAACCGUGGUGGGCGAGGAGGGCGAAGUCGUGGUGGUGGCGGUAGCAAAGGGGUCGCAACUCCGAGUUGUGUCUAUGAUGGUGACCACCCAAUAACGAAGGACCAAGCGAACAAUAAACCGCUACCAGGUGCACCUGCGAUAAUCGUGCCUACCACGUCUACCGUCACCAAACCAUCUAGCAGACCGAAACCUGCUAAGAAGGGACCGGACGGCAAAGCCUCCCGGAAAGCGACAGGUUCAGUACCCGCUACACCUCUGAUGCCACACCACCCGAUGUUCAGUUCCGCUCCUGCUCGACCCUCGAAUCGAAGGAAACGUUCUCAUAGUAAAGGAAGCGUCACGGCACCGUCAAAAUCCUCUGUGUCGUCGGAGUCGAGUCUCAGUCGCUCAGAGAGAAAUAGUAGUAUUAGCAAGGACCUCCCUCCACACCUGUCUUCUAGUGCAGAUCAUCCUUCGUUCGAUAUACGACACGACAUCGAGGCCCUGGUUGAGCGCGUGAGGGCUGUUGCAAUGGAUAGACCCCAUACUCCCGGAAGUCAUUUCGACUGGGCCACGGACGAUGAUGAUAGUCUCCCCGACCUCCCAGAUUGGGGUGUCAGUGUGGCUCAAGCCGGCCAGCUUGGGGACACCGGCAAGGCUAGUGUCAUCUCUCCGAUCCUGGAGGAUGCCCUCAAGCCUCUACCUUCCCUGGAUCCCGGAACACCUAUCGCUGCCAUGUCGGACAAUUGCGUCGAGCGCAUCACUGUUGAUUCACCUACAGUCGCUCAGGACAGGAUCAGUGAACAUUCAGAGGUCGUUUGUCAUGACACUCCCAUUGCUGGCGAGCAGGACACAUCUCUCAGUGACGCUGAACAAUUGGGAUCGAAUCACAAUAUUUCAACAACGAAGUGUGAAGUGGUAGCCGAAUCGAUGCCGUCAAGUUCUAGUCAUUUAUCACCACAAGUAAUUGGUACUCAGCCAUCUUUACAUCCCUCUCUGCCGCCAAAGCCGGUUACGACCAUGGACUCCGCGUCCUCAAGACGUCACCCAGCCACCGUUCACAAGGCAAGCUCGGCCGAGCCUGUUUUAGAUGGGCUAGCUCAAUCAAUGCAUGCUCCUACGCCUAAAUCAGCUCGCAUGGACGGAACUGUUGGUGAUCAGUCUCCAGAUCGUGGCCUCGCGGCAUCGAUACAUGCACCAAUUCCAUCCUCUCGGUCGGCUCCCAGCCAUCUUUCGACACACCCUUUUGUGGACAUGCCUCACCAGGCAGCGUAUAACCGUUCUAGAACACUUGGACGAGGCCAUCGGCAGCCACACAGUGCAUCCGUAUCUCAUUUUUCCGACCACCAAUCGGAUUUGGAUCGCAAUGGAAGAAAUAAUGCUCACCAUGCGCGCACGCACUCGACUCCGCCGCCAGGUUCCGGUACGUCUGCUGCCCAUGGACGCUCUCGUUCCAACUAUGCGACGCGUCCGGUCAUCACCGGGGAUGCUAUCUCCAGGUUGGCUAGGACCCUCGGAGGCAGCGCUCCAAAGCGAGACAAUAGUAUCAUCGCCAUGUCUGUCGCAAAGGACUGA